AAUACAUGCACCGACCCUAGCUAGCUCUUCCACAACCAAUAUCACCGUUUACAAGCUCUCUCUCUAUAUAUACAUAUAUUCAUAUAUGUAUGUGUAUUUAUAUAAAAAUAAAAGGCUGUACAAAACUCACAAAAUCCAUCGGAAUUUGAAAGGUUCGAGCGGUGGUGGCCGGUGGCGAAUAUCGUGAUCUAAAUGGAGGAGUCCGGCAACGACGCAUGGACCGAUGAGAAACACCUCCGAUACUUGAACUCCAUGGAAGCCUCAUUCGUCCGUACAAUGAUCGAAACUAAUAAUUAUAAAAGUCGUCUUCUUCGUCUCGAUCGCCACCUCCCUGAUACCUCCGAUUCCACCUUAGAUCUCAAAUCUCAAAGAACAUCCAAGCUUAAGCCCCGCAUUACUUCUUCUUCAGAACGAAGAAUGGAUGGCCGAGUUGAGAAGAGAUAUAAAAUAUCAAAUUCAUCGCAAGAUCAGGUGGUCCCACAAUUGGAAUACAGAAGAACAACAAUUGGUGAUAAAGAUGAGAAUGAUGACCGAACUAAAAUGUAGUUUGGACACAUACCGUCAACUGAGAAACAUUAUUUUGGAGUUUGUGGAGGAAUGGUGAUUUUGAGGAAGUGAUGAUGAUUUAUAGAGACAAUCGAGCAAGUUGAUUUUUAUAGCAAAGGCUAGAAAACCAAUUUGUACUUUGUUAAUAAAUCUAAUCCACUUAGGUGGUAAUAUGGUCUGGUUUUGGUAGAUUAUUAUAAUUAUUAUUUUGUUGAGACUUUUGUAAGACUAUUAUUAUUAUUAUUAAAUGCAGAUAGAUUAUAAUAAUA